AUGGAGUCUGACAACCCAAAUGGAUAUAAUACCGGGAAGCGGAGUUCGAUGCACCAGGCCUUGCAUAGCCGCCCUGUCGAACGCCGGGCUAGCAAGAAGUCAUCCUCCCGAGAUCGCCACGGUAUGGUCUACCCAGACAGCUUUCGAGAAGCGAGCAUUCGAACCGUGACCCCGGAAUCUCAUUCCCCUUUAUCCGAACCAGAGCACCUUACCAGCAGUGCGCCCUCCCCACGGACCACCAUGCGAUCGCGUACCGUCGAACGACGCGAGGAAGACACGUCGAUUGAAACGAGAAACCAGCGCACACGAUCACGAACAGCGACCUUGGAUGAGCAACGAAGCGAUCUCCCCUCCAACACUUUCAAAACUCGAGCUCGCAUCGGAUCCGUCAACGCGGCCAGCUCAUCCCAACCUAAGCCCGCCACCACCGAAUCGAAGACCACAGACGAUUCAUCCAGCAUUGGUUUCCCAUCUAUCCAUUCACCGAAUUACCCCGGAUCUGCUCGCCAGCGACUCGGCAAAUCUCCCGGUUUAGCACACACCCAAGCCGCUUUUGCAUCCCCUCUGUCGAAUACCGACGCUGCGAAGAUCCUACAACUGAUGAAAACAACCUGUGGCCGUAUGCAUGGAAUCCUGUCGUUUCGAACAACCUCGAACACCGCAUCUGCUUCAAAUGCUUGGACAUCCGGAUACUGUGCGAUAAAUGUCGCCACCGGUAGUCUUAUAUACCAGGCCAAGGGUGAGCCGGCAUUAGCAAAAACUUUGAUACCUGAUCUCCGAGGCUGCCGAGUGCGGACACACUACGAUUCUGAGCUACAAACAACCUACCUCAACGUUCACACCUUUACAUCCGGACUCGGGAUACAGCUCCGUCCCCAUGUCAACGAAACCUUCGACUCAUGGCUCGCAGCGCUACUAUGCUGGCAACCCAUUCGCCCCAAGGGCGUUCAAAAUAAAAUGACCAAACCACAGGAGGUUGUGAUAGGUGACCGACGAAUUCCCGAGCGUCGCCGAAACUCCGAGUCUGCCUCGCAAAAGGACGCGGCCAUUAUCAAGGUUGGUAAAAUGCUUCUCUGGGAUAAACCAUCUGCGUCUGGCGCACGACCUGUCUCGUCUCGCCGUGUAUCAACAUACCGACAAUCAAGGGCACUGUCUUCUUCGUGGCAGAAAGUCAGCUGCACCUUGCAGGAAAAUGGUGUCUUCAGGCUCUAUACCGAGUCCGAUGUUUCUCCCGUGGCACUUGUGCACUUAUCGCAACUCUCACGUUGUUCCAUUCAACAACUAGAUUCCUCUGUACUCGACGAUGAAUUCUGCAUUGCCAUUUACCCUCAAUAUACAGCUCACCCCGUCAUCGAUUCCGCCAUGCGACCCAUCUAUCUCGCCUUAGAAACCCGCGUUCUGUUUGAGGUCUGGUUCGUUCUUCUGCGAGCUUUCACAAUUCCAGAGCUUUAUGGCCCUAAGGUUUCAGCAGAGGAGGAAGAUCCAAACAAGACCCCAGAAGCAGAGAGCAUGAAAUCUCCCGCGAAAGAUCUCUUCCGAAUUGAGAGAAUUCUCAACUUGAGAAUCACCGAGGCCAAGCUUUUUCGUGCGAAGGAAGAGGAUACCCCACGGAGUCGGAAACAAUCUCGAUCCCACGGAUAUUCUACCGCUCCCGCACCUUCUCCACCCAAACCUAGCGACUACUAUACCGAAGUGCUCCUGGAUGGAGAGAUUCGUGCCAAGACUGCCGUCAAAUACCGUACCACCAAUCCGUUCUGGCGGGAAGACUUCACCUUCAACGACGUGCCUCCAGUGCUCUCCCAGGCCUCUAUUCUGGUCAAAACAAUGCAUCCAACGCAGCGAGAUUGGACUCUUGUCUCACAGGGAACAUACUCGUCCACCCAGGAAGUCAAUGCUGUCAACAUGCUUGACGACAUCCAAAUCGCCACCAACGAUGCGAUCUUUGGUAAAGUGGAUUUACGACUUGAUGAACUGGACCCGGGCGUUGACACCGAAAAGUGGUGGCCUAUCUUAGACGAUCAUGAUCAGGCCGUCGGAGAAAUCUUCAUGAAAGCACGAAUGGAAGAAACGGUCGUCUUGAUGUUUGCGGAAUACGCACCUAUGCAGGAACUCCUUCACUCGUUCACCAAUGGCCUCACCAUCAAUAUGGCCCAGUUGAUGUCAUUUGAAUUGACACAGCUAUCAGAAAUGCUCUUGAAUAUCUACCAGGUCUCCGGCAAGACGGUCGACUGGAUUUCAGCGUUAGUCGAAGACGAAAUCGACGGCGUCCAUAAGGAAUCCACAGCCAAUCGACUGCGGUAUACAACAAGGAUACAUUCCAAUGAUACUCGAGAGCCGAGCCAUGAUCGCGAAAUCCUGGUCAGAGACAUGGGAAGAACAGCAACUGUGGAAGCAAACCUUCUUUUCCGAGGGAAUUCGCUUCUGACAAAGGCACUCGAUCUUCACAUGCGUCGACUUGGCAAAGAAUAUUUGGAGGUGACAAUUGGAGAGCGCCUGCGUGAAAUUGAUGAGAGUGACCCAGAAUGUGAAGUCGACCCGUCACGUGUAGCACGCACCGAGGAUCUUGAUCGCAAUUGGCGAUCUUUGAUUUCUCUUACUACUGGGGUCUGGAAGACCAUUGCGAGCUCCUACAAUAACUGUCCUCCUGAAUUAAGGCGUAUCUUCCGGCAUGUGAGGGCCUGUGCAGAGGAUCGCUACGGUGAUUUCCUCCGUACAGUGACCUAUAGCAGUGUUUCUGGCUUUCUCUUUUUGCGGUUCUUUUGUCCAGCAAUUUUGAAUCCUAAGCUUUUUGGACUUUUAAAGGAUCACCCUCGACCUCGAGCUCAACGCACCCUCACUCUCAUUGCGAAGGCACUCCAGGGUCUGGCAAACAUGACAACAUUUGGCAACAAAGAACCGUGGAUGGAGCCCAUGAACAAAUUUCUGGUUGGCAAUCGAUCUGAUUUCAAGCAAUUUGUCGAUGAUAUUUGCAGCAUCUCCGCGGAUCAACCGGCUCCUAUCCCGACACCCUCAUACACGACUCCUAUCCAGAUUUUGGGACGUUUGCCAUCUACUUCGCGUGAAGGUUUCCCGAGUCUUCCGUUUUUGAUCGAUCACGCUCGAUGCUAUGCCAAUUUGAUCCGUGUGUGGCUAGAAGUGGUACCGGAUCGGAUUUCUGAGUUGGAAGAACUGGACGUCAAUCUCGCCAAAUUCCAUGAACUUGCCCAUCGUCUGCAAGAACGCACCAAAGAGUGCCUCCAAGGAGCAGAACAAGCGGAGCGUCCAAAUGGGACCCUCGAGGUUAAGUGGGAGGAACUCGUGGAUUCGAUGGAACGGGCCGUCACGUUCUAUGAUGAAGCUUCCAGUAAACCAACCACUCCGGCCCCAGAUGCGCAGGCUGGAGGCACAACCUCAUUCCCCCAGGACAAACGCGGAUCAAUUGGUUUCUUCGCACCACGCCCCGCCAUGCCUCGUCGAUCAACGGACUAUGCUCCGGAGGAAGACGACACGCCACCUAGUUCAUCGUCGGCCACUUGGGACCAGACUCGCAUGCCGUUCUCCAUACCCCGAUGGUCAGACGCUCGUGACAGCACUGGAAGCUCGAAGAACUCAUCCACCUACUCCUUGGAAUAUUCUGAGAAUGCCAAAGCUCGCCGAUCUAGCGUUACCAAGGAGACAUCCAGCAAGUAUCGGUUCUUCGACUUCGUCCCAGCUCCGUCCCGGCGUAAAGCGAAGGACCGCGAUCAAUCUCAUCACUCCCACGAAGACCUCCGAAACGAGUUCUGA